ACACUCCUCACCUCUCCUCGCUCCACGCACGCGCUCUCUCACCCGCUGGCUAUUAGUCGUCGUCCCUUGGAUUUCGACACUCUCUCUAGCGGGCGCCUGUUCCGCCGCCGUCCAUCGAUCCUAGCUAGCUAGCUAGCUAGGGCGCGACCGUCGUCUCGGUGGUUGUUGACAGGUCCCGUACGUGUGUGCUCGCCAUGGCUCGUGGCGACGGCGGGCAGCUGGCGGAGCUGUCCGCGGGGGUCCGCGGCGCGGCCGCGGUGGUGGACCACGUGGCCCCGAUCAGCCUCGGGAGGCUCAUCCUCGCCGGCAUGGUCGCCGGCGGCGUGCAGUACGGCUGGGCGCUGCAGCUCUCCCUCCUCACGCCCUACGUGCAGACUCUGGGGCUUUCACAUGCGCUCACUUCAUUCAUGUGGCUCUGCGGCCCUAUUGCCGGCUUAGUGGUCCAACCGCUGGUUGGCCUGUACAGCGACAGGUGUACAUCGAGAUGGGGGAGACGGAGGCCGUUUAUCCUGACAGGGUGCAUGCUCAUCUGCGUUGCCGUCAUUGUUGUCGGAUUCUCGUCAGACAUCGGAGCUGCUCUAGGGGACACGAAGGAACACUGCAGCCUCUACCACGGUCCUCGUUGGCACGCUGCGAUCGUGUACGUUCUGGGGUUUUGGCUCCUUGACUUCUCCAACAACACUGUGCAGGGUCCAGCACGUGCUAUGAUGGCUGAUCUAUGUGACCAUCAUGGGCCAAGUGCGGCUAACUCCAUCUUCUGUUCUUGGAUGGCGCUGGGAAACAUCCUAGGCUACUCCUCUGGCUCCACGAACAAUUGGCACAAGUGGUUUCCCUUCCUUAAAACGAGCGCCUGCUGUGAGGCCUGUGCGAACCUGAAAGGUGCAUUUCUGGUGGCCGUGGUGUUCCUAGUCCUGUGCCUGACGGUAACCCUGAUCUUCGCCAAGGAGGUGCCGUACAGAGCGAACGAGAACCUCCCGACGACGAAGGCCGGCGGCGAGGUCGAGACUGAGCCUACCGGGCCACUUGCCGUGCUCAAGGGCUUCAAGGACCUGCCUCCCGGGAUGCCGUCCGUGCUCCUCGUGACUGCCAUCACCUGGCUUUCGUGGUUCCCGUUCAUCCUCUACGACACCGACUGGAUGGGCCGGGAGAUCUACCACGGCGACCCCAAGGGGAGCAACGCCCAGAUCUCGGCGUUCAACGAAGGUGUCCGAGUCGGCGCGUUCGGGCUGCUACUCAACUCGGUUAUUCUAGGGUUCAGCUCGUUCCUGAUCGAGCCCAUGUGCCGGAAGGUCGGGCCGAGGGUGGUGUGGGUGACGAGCAACUUCAUGGUCUGCGUCGCCAUGGCGGCCACCGCGCUGAUCAGCUUCUGGUCGCUCAGGGACUACCACGGGUACGUGCAGGACGCCAUCACCGCGAACGCCAGCAUCAAGGCCGUCUGCCUCGUCCUCUUCGCCUUCCUGGGCGUCCCUCUCGCCAUCCUGUACAGCGUCCCGUUCGCGGUGACGGCGCAGCUGGCGGCCACCCGGGGCGGCGGGCAGGGGCUGUGCACCGGCGUCCUCAACAUCUCCAUCGUCAUCCCUCAGGUGAUCAUCGCGCUGGGCGCCGGCCCGUGGGACGCGCUGUUCGGGAAGGGCAACAUCCCGGCGUUCGGCGUCGCGUCGGCCUUCGCCCUCGUCGGCGGCGUCGUGGGCGUGUUCCUGCUGCCCAAGAUCUCCAAGCGCCAGUUCCGGGCCGUCAGCGCGGGCGGCCACUGAUCGAACCCGGCCGGGGCCGGCCGCCGGCACGCAGCCCGGCAAGAGCUGUAUGUUGUUGAGAGUUGAACAGAAACCAUGCAUGUGUGCUUCUGUAGUUCUGUUGUUUGUGGUCGAUCGAUGGGCGUUGCGUGGCAGCGUGGGCAAGCGAGGCGAGGUGCGCGGAUCCAAAAAAAGGGCCAUUCGAUCAAUCAAUGUGUAGUAGAGUACAACUAGACGAUGAUGUUCACAUCAUUUGUCUUUAAUACAUACCGGUUUCUAUUGUCUUUA